AUGGCGCCUCUGCUGCCCCCUGUUGGUGCAGAGGUCUUCAGACCAUUCACUGCAGCUUCGCUGGAGGAGAUUGAACGACGACACCAAGAAGAGGAGAAACAGCAACAGAGGAGGAAGGAAAAGAACAUAGAGCUGGCAGAGGAGGAUCUUCCAAAACCAGCUAGUGACUUGGAGGCUGGUACCCUCCCAUUUAUCUAUGGGGACCCCCCACCUGAGCUCCUCAACACCCCAUUGGAGGAGCUGGAUCCCUUCUACCAAUCACAGAAGACAUUCAUCGUCCUGGGUAAAGGAAACGUCCUGUACCGGUUCAACGCAGAACCAGCCUGUUUCCUGCUCAGUCCAUUCAGCCCACUGCGAACAUUUGCCAUCAGGAUCCUCAUCCACUCAUUCUUCAGUUUCUUCAUCAUGGUGACCAUCCUGACAAACUGUGUCUUCAUGACCAUGAGUGAUCCUCCACCCUGGAGUAAAACAGUCGAGUAUAUGUUCACUGGCAUCUACACGUUUGAAGCCACGGUCAAAGUCCUGUCCAGAGGCUUCUGUCUGGGAGACUUCACUUUCCUCAGAGACCCAUGGAACUGGCUGGACUUCAUGGUCAUCAGCAUGGCAUAUCUGACAGAGUUUGUAGAUUUAGGGAAUGUUUCUGCUUUGAGGACGUUCCGAGUUCUUCGAGCCCUGAAGACCAUCACAGUUAUCCCUGGUUUGAAGACCAUCGUCGGAGCUCUAAUCCAGUCGGUGAAGAAACUGGGUGAUGUCAUGAUCCUGACGGUGUUUUCUAGCGUCUUCGCACUGAUUGGAUUGCAGCUCUUCAUGGGAAAUUUGAGGCAAAAGUGUGUCCUGCUGCCAUCAUGGCUGCAAACAUGGACAUCCGAUGGUAACGCCAGCAGCAGUUUCCAUGGCAACCACUCAUGGAACGGCUUUGACUCAAAGCACAUCAAUAACCCUGAGAACCACUACUUCCUGCCUGGUCACAGAGAUCCUCUGUUGUGGUGGAACAGUUCUGAUGCUGGGGUGUGUCCUGAAGGGUACACAUGUCUGAAGGCCGGAGGAAACCCAAACUAUGGAUACACCAGCUACGACUCCUUCGGCUGGGCCUUCCUGGCCCUGUUCAGACUGAUGACACAGGACUUCUGGGAAAACCUCUUCCACUGGUCAACUCUGCGUGCUGCAGGUAAAACCUACAUGAUCUUCUUCGUGGUCAUCAUCUUCCUGGGCUCCUUCUACCUCAUUAACCUCAUCCUGGCGGUGGUUGCCAUGGCGUAUGCUGAGCAGAAUGAGGCCACUAUUGCCGAGGCCAAACAGAAGGAGGAGGAGUACGCUCAGAUCCUGGAGGCGCUGAAGAAGAGAGAGGAGCAGGUUCAUGUCAGCAUGUUCACAUUCUCCAACACAAACAACAGAUUGGAUUCAGAAAUUAGUCAAGAGUUGGAGGAGGACCAGCGCCCAUGUCCUCCGUGUUGGUACAUCUUUGCCAACCUCUUCCUGAAGUGGGACUGCUGUGUGGUGUGGCUCUGGGUCAAGAACUGGCUCUACACCAUCAUCAUGGACCCGUUUGUGGACCUGGGCAUCACCAUCUGCAUCGUCCUCAACACCGUGUUCAUGGCUAUGGAGCAUUACCCGAUGACCGAACAGUUUGAGAACCUGCUGAGCAUCGGAAACCUGGUCUUCACAGGAAUCUUCACUGCGGAGAUGGUCUUCAAACUUCUAGCGAUGGACCCGUACCACUACUUUCAGGUGGGCUGGAACAUUUUUGACAGCAUCAUUGUCAGCAUGAGUCUGCUGGAACUGGGAUUGGCCAACGUCCAGGGGCUGUCGGUGCUCCGCUCCUUCCGAUUGAUGCGGGUCUUUAAACUGGCCAAGUCGUGGCCCACCCUCAACAUGUUGAUAAAGAUCAUUGGGAACUCGGUGGGGGCUUUGGGGAACCUGACUCUGGUCUUGGCCAUCAUCGUCUUCAUCUUCGCCGUGGUCGGCAUGCAGCUGUUUGGAAAGAACUACAAAGACUGCGUUUGUCGCAUCGCAGAUGACUGCGAACUUCCACGGUGGCACAUGAAUGACUUCUUCCACGCCUUCCUGAUCAUCUUCAGGGUUCUGUGCGGAGAGUGGAUUGAGACCAUGUGGGACUGCAUGGAGGUGGCGGGUCAGGCCAUGUGUCUGAUCGUCUUCAUGAUGGUCAUGGUCAUCGGAAACCUGGUGGUCCUGAACCUGUUCCUGGCUCUGCUGCUGAGCUCCUUCAGUGGUGAUAAUCUGUCAGCUUCAGAAGAAGAAGGAGAAAACAACCUGCAGAUUGCCAUUAACCGGAUGAGCUGGGCCAUGAACUGGGUCAAAGCACUGGUACUAAAACAGGUCUGGACUUUAGUGGGAAAGACCACAGCUGAGAAACCACAUGAGACUGAUGCUGGUGCAGACCAGCAGACAGAGCUCUUGGCUUUGACCUUUGUGACCCCAGACGAGCAGGUGCCACAGGCCAACGCCCUCCACCGUAACCCCGGCAACCAGACCAGCAACUACCACAGCAUCACGUCACUGAGGGUCCCACUGGCCCAGUCCGAGUCUGGAUCCGAGUCCGGGUCCGGGUUCGAGUCCGAGUCUGGAUCCGGGUCUGACUGUGAGGAGGCGGAAAACCAAGACAACAAAGAAGAGUGUGAUGCGUCGUCGGUCUGCAGUUCUGUACAGAAAGUUCCUGAAGUUCAGGAAGAAGAAGAAGACGAUGAAGAAGGAAACACACCUGAAGACUGUCUGACUGAAAAGUGCUACCAGCGCUGUCCCUUCCUGAACAUAGACUCGUCCCAGGGCAGAGGAAAGCUCUGGUCCAACUUCAGGAGAACAUGUUUCUCUGUCGUCGAACACAAUUAUUUUGAGACGUUCAUCAUCUUCAUGAUCCUGAUGAGCAGCGGAGCACUGGCCUUUGAGGAUAUUUACCUGGAGCAGCGGCGGGUCAUAAAAAUAGUUCUGGAGUACGCCGAUCAAGUGUUCACCUUUGUGUUCGUGGUGGAAAUGAUUCUCAAAUGGGUGGCGUAUGGAUUCCAGACCUACUUCACCAAUGCCUGGUGCUGGCUGGACUUCCUGAUUGUAGAUGUUUCUCUGGUUUCUCUGACUGCGAACAUCCUGGGAUACUCUGAACUGGGAGCCAUCAAGUCUCUGAGGACUCUGAGGGCCUUGAGACCCCUGAGGGCCCUGAGCCGCUUCGAGGGCAUGAGGGUGGUGGUGGUCAACGCCCUGGUGGGGGCCAUCCCGUCCAUCUUCAACGUGCUGCUGGUGUGUCUGAUCUUCUGGCUGAUCUUUUCCAUCAUGGGGGUGAAUCUGUUCGCAGGGAAGUUUUAUUUCUGCUUCAAUGAGACGUCAGAGGAAAUGUUCCAACCUGAGGAAGUGGACAACCAAACCCAGUGUCUGUCCCUGAUCCAGCAGAACUACACUGAGGUGCGCUGGAAGAACGUCAAAGUCAACUUCGACAACGUGGGCAUGGGCUACUUAUCACUGCUGCAAGUGGCCACAUUUAAAGGAUGGAUGGACAUCAUGUACGCAGCGGUAGACUCCAGAGAGGUGCAGUCUCAGCCCAUGUAUGAGGAAAACCUGUACAUGUACCUGUACUUUGUGUGUUUCAUCAUCUUCGGCUCCUUCUUCACCCUCAACCUCUUCAUCGGAGUCAUCAUCGACAACUUCAACCAGCAGAAAGCCAAGUUAGGAGGAACAGAUAUUUUCAUGACAGAAGAGCAGAAGAAAUAUUAUAACGCCAUGAAGAAACUGGGCUCCAAGAAACCACAGAAACCUGUUCCACGACCAGAAAAUCCAUUUCAGGCUCUUGUGUUUGACCUGGUGACCAAACAGUUCUUUGACAUCUUCAUCAUGGUGCUGAUCUGCCUCAACAUGGUGACCAUGAUGGUGGAAACAGAUGAGCAGAGCGCCGAGAAGGAAACCAUCCUGUACUGGGUCAACCUGGCCUUCAUCGUUGUCUUCACCACUGAGUGCACACUCAAGGUCAUUGCGCUGCGACAGCACUACUUCGCAGUCGGAUGGAACAUCUUCGACUUUGUGGUGGUCAUCCUGUCCAUUGUAGGCCUCCUUCUGGCUGACAUCAUAGAGAAGUAUUUUGUGUCUCCGACCCUUUUCCGUGUGAUCCGCCUGGCUCGCAUUGGACGGAUUCUGCGUCUCAUUCGUGGCGCCAAAGGGAUUCGGACGCUGCUCUUUGCCCUGAUGAUGUCACUUCCUGCCCUCUUCAAUAUUGGACUCCUCCUCUUCCUCAUCAUGUUCAUCUUCUCCAUAUUUGGCAUGUCCAACUUCGCCUACGUGAAGAAAGAAGCCAUGAUCGAUGACAUGUUUAACUUCGAGGACUUCGGGAACAGUAUGAUCUGCCUGUUUAUGAUCACCACCUCUGCAGGAUGGGACGGGCUGCUCAACCCCAUCAUGAAUGUACCGCCAGACUGCGAUCCCGAUGUGGAGAACCCGGGAACGGCGGUCCGAGGGAACUGCGGAAGCCCGGGGGUGGGCAUCGUGUUCUUCACCACCUACAUCAUCAUGUCGUUCUUGGUGGUGGUCAACAUGUACAUUGCCAUUAUCCUGGAAAACUUCAAUGUAGCCACAGAGGAAAGCAGCGACCCGCUGUGUGAGGACGAUUUUGAAAUGUUCUACGAAACCUGGGAGAAGUUUGACCCCGACGCCUCGCAGUUCAUACAGUACAGUAAACUGUCAGAUUUCUGCGACACGCUGCAGGAUCCUCUGAGGAUCCCUAAACCAAACACCUUCAAGCUGAUCCACAUGGAUCUGCCUCUGGUUCCUGGAGACCGGAUCCACUGCCUGGACAUCCUGCUGGCCCUCACUGCUCAGGUUUUGGGUGAAUCUGGAGAGAUGGAUGCACUUAAAGCCAGCAUGGAGGAGAAGUUCAUGGCCAAUAACCCCUCCAAGGUGUCGUAUGAACCAAUCAGCAGCACCCUGCGGAGGAAACAGGAGGAGGUGGCGGCCGUGGUCAUCCAGAGGGCGUACAGGAAACACCUGCUGCAGCGAACCGUCAAACUGGCGUCCUACAAAUACCGGGAGAAGACAGACGGACGGCACCGGCAGACGCCUCCACCGGAGACUGAAGGACUGCUCUGCAAACGAAUCAGUCAGCUGUAUGGAGGCGGAGCUUUACAGGAAGACCCGCCCCCUGCUGCUGCUGAGCAGGUGGAGCUUCAGAACGAUGUCAUCCUCCACGCUGCUCCGCCCAUCAGAACGUUCCACUUCCAGCAGGAUGAGAACCUGAGGGAGUCAAUGGUGUGAUGGAGGGAUGGUUGAAGAUCCAACUUCAUGAUGAGGCUAGGGUUAGGGUUAGGAACAGGGUUAGGAACAAGGUUAGGGUUAGGAACAGGG